UUGCUUCUGGUCACGCGUUGAACUCAUUCACUCGUUCAUCAGGAACACAUUCCUAAAUUAUGCGGGAGCAAGCAGGUCCCUAGCCCAUCGAAGUAAUAGAUUACAAUAAAGAGAUAAAGAAUGAUUGAAUAAAUGACGUCCUGAUAAGUCGUUCACUGAUAACCCUAUUCACCAGGGAACCGAGGACGAUAGCACGAGCCAACUUCAUCACCUCUCUUCGGACAGAUCUACUUACCUACCUACCUACCUACCUACCUAAAUAGAUACAUUCCACGGAUUCCUGCAUCCCCCCCACCUCUUUCAUUUGGCACAAUGUGGAACCGACCGUGUUGGAAUGGUUGCACUUUGGUCGCCAUCAUCUGUCUCUCGCUCGCUCAGGGAGCUCCCCUCGAUGACGCUGAAACAGCGUUGGAAGCUAUGAAAGUCAAAGUUAUUGGAAUACAAGCCAUACUCGAAAGCGCCGUACCUGAGCCCGAUCCUGCUCUUCAAGCCAUCGAGACUUUGGAGGACGCCAAGGCAGAACUUGACAGCGUGUACAAAGAGCUAAUGGGCAUUGAUUUUACUCUAGUCACGGCAGAGAAUGUCAAUUUGAUUAAGGAGAAAACUACAUCCCUUGAGUCGAUUCGUGGGCUCCUCAACACUAAUGAAGAGAUUGUAACCGAGAUCAAUGCCGAAAAUCCUGAAGAUUCUGAUGCUUUUCAAUUCAAGUUGACGCAGGUUGACGACAAGACUGAAGCUUCCCUUCAAUUGGUGCAUAGGUUGCAAUCGAGUUCCAUCCCGGAUCUUCCCUUGAAUUCUCCGUUCUUUAUCUCGUUUGUGUCGGUGGGAGCUUUGUGUGUGCUAUUGGUUCUAUUUGGCUUCGUUUGCAUUUGCAUCAUCAAUUCCGGUAGUCUGAUCAAGAAAGUGAAGCCCAAGAACAAAAUGGGCAAAACAAAGAAGCUCAAAAAGGACAAAUCCGCCGCGAGAAAGCACCCCGGGGAUUUGUGGAUCGAGCCGAACCCGAAUGGUGGACCUUAUAGAGGAGAUGUGGAACGUCAGAUAAGCAUGCCACCAGGUGCAGGUUCUUAUUCCAUUCCGGAACCCCGUUACAAUCAAUACAAUCAUCCUGAACCCACGAAUCAUAACAUGAUUGACGUGGAUGCCAAUCACUAUUUGGGCAAAAAUAAACAAAUCAUCUUGGAGAGAGGCUAUGGCCGACGCCCAGAGAUGGCCAAUAGCAAUCUACACUACUGAGAAGUGGCAGCACACAAAUCUGUAGCCCAACGAAAUUUCCAAUUUGUUCAAGAUUAUACCCAUGUAUCUGAGAUUCGAUUUGUGCAACAUACGGCUCUUGAAAUGAGCUUGUGGAAUAAAGACCAACUCCCUCGGC